CCGGGCCUGGGAGGCUCCGAGCGGCCCUGCCUGGCCCCGCCGCGGCCCCUGCUCCGCUCCGCCGGCCCCGAUCGCACCCCUGCGACCCCUCCAACACCCCCACCCACGAGGAUGAGCCGCCCGCGCCGGGCCGUGCGUGGCGAUCCCCGAGCGGAGCCGCGCGCGAUGGGACCGCUCCAGCUCUGAGGCGUCCGGCCCCGGCAGCGCCACCAUGGGCGACUCGGCCGCGGGUCCGUGCCGGGCGCCGGGCCCGGAGCCGGCGGCGUCCGCCCAGGGCAACGGGGGGGCCUCGUCCCUGAGCGUCAUCAGCGAGGGCGUGGGCGAGCUGGCCCUCAUCGACGCCGAGGUGGCCCAGAAGGCCUGCGAGGAGGUGCUGGAGAAGGUGAAGCUGCUGCACGGCGGCGGCAGCACCGCCGGGGCCGUGCCCAACGGCGAGGGCCGUCCGGACGAGCCGCCCCGCGAGGAGGAGGAGGAGGAGGAGGGCGCCGAGGCGGCGGCCGCGGCCAACACGGUGAAGACGGCGCGGCGGCGGCAGAAGAACAACUCGGCCAAGCAGUCGUGGCUCCUGCGGCUCUUCGAGUCGAAGCUCUUCGACAUCUCCAUGGCCAUCUCCUACCUGUACAACUCCAAGGAGCCCGGCGUGCAGGCCUACAUCGGCAACCGGCUCUUCUGCUUCCGCCACGAGGACGUGGACUUCUACCUCCCGCAGCUGCUCAACAUGUACAUCCACAUGGACGAGGACGUGGGCGACGCCAUCAAGCCCUACAUCGUGCACCGCUGCCGCCAGAGCGUCGACUUCUCGCUGCAGUGCGCGCUGCUGCUCGGGGCCUACUCGUCCGACAUGCACAUCUCCACGCAGCGCCACUCGCGGGGCACCAAGCUGCGCCGCCUCAUCCUCUCCGACGAGCUCAAGCCGGCCGCCCGCAGGAGGAGGGAGCUGCCCCCGCCCCCUCCCCAGCUCCUGGGGCAGGCCCAGGACACGGGGCUGUCGCCCUCCAAGAGGACUCACCAGAGGUCCAAGUCGGACGCCACGGCCUCCAUCAGCCUGAGCAGCAACCUGAAGCGCACGGCCAGCAACCCCAAGGUGGAGAGCGACGACGAGGAAUUCUCCUCGAGCACGGAAAGUCUUGAUAAGGCUCCCCCAGUCCGCCUGGCCCCGGAGCGGGAGUUCAUCAAGUCGCUGAUCUCCAUCGGGAAGCGCCUGGCCACGCUGCCCACCAAGGAGCAGAAGACGCAGCGUUUGAUCUCGGAGCUGUCGCUGCUCAACCACAAACUGCCCGCCCGGGCCUGGCUGCCCACGGCCGGCUUCGAGCACCACGUGGUCAGGGUGCCCCACUCCCAGGCCGUGGUGCUCAACUCCAAGGACAAGGCUCCCUAUUUAAUCUACGUGGAAGUGCUUGAAUGUGACAAUUUCGACACAGCGAAUGUUCCCGCCCGGAUCCCGGAGAACCGGAUCCGGAGCACCCGCUCGGCCGAGAACCUGCCCGAGGUGGGCGUGGGCCACGAGCAGAGGGCAGGCAGCUUCAGCACCGUCCCCAACUACGACAACGACGACGAGGCCUGGUCCGUGGACGACAUCGUGGAGCUCCAGGUGGAGCUCCCCGAGGUGCACACCAACAGCUGUGACAACAUCUCCCAGUUUUCCGUGGACAGCAUCACGAGCCAGGAGAGCCGCGAGCCCGUGUUCAUCGCCGCGGGGGACAUCCGGAGGCGGCUGUCGGAGCAGCUGGCACACACCCCCACCUCCUUCCGCAGGGAUCCCGAGGAUCCGUCCGCCGUCGCCCUCAAGGAGCCCUGGCAGGAGAAAGUCAGGAGGAUCCGGGAAGGGUCUCCCUACGGACACCUCCCCUCCUGGAGGCUCCUCUCGGUCAUCGUCAAGUGCGGCGACGACCUCCGCCAGGAGCUCCUGGCCUUCCAGGUGCUCAAGCAGCUCCAGUCCAUCUGGGAGCAGGAGCGCGUGCCCCUCUGGAUCAAGCCCUACAAGAUCCUGGUGAUCUCGGCCGACAGCGGGAUGAUCGAGCCCGUGGUCAACGCCGUGUCCAUCCACCAGAUCAAGAAGCAGUCGCUGCUGUCGCUGCUGGAUUAUUUCCUGCAGGAGCACGGCAGCUACAACACCGAGUCCUUCCUGAGCGCCCAGAGGAACUUCGUGCAGAGCUGCGCCGGUUACUGCCUCGUGUGUUACCUCCUGCAGGUCAAGGACCGGCACAACGGGAACAUCCUGCUGGAUGCAGAGGGACACAUCAUCCACAUCGACUUCGGCUUCAUCCUCUCCAGCUCCCCCCGCAAUUUGGGCUUCGAGACCUCGGCCUUCAAACUCACCUCGGAGUUCGUGGAUGUGAGUGGGGGGUGGAGCCCCGUGGGGGGAGGGGUUUGGGAAGGGAAUUCCCACCCCAUUCCCGCUGUUCCUGCAGGUCAUGGGGGCCUGGACGGGGACAUGUUCAACUACUACAAGAUGCUGAUGCUGCAGGGCCUGAUCGCGGCCCGAAACACAUGGACAGGGUGGUGCAGAUCGUGGAGAUCAUGCAGCAAGGCUCGCAGCUGCCGUGUUUCCACGGCUCCUCCACCAUCCGGAACCUGAAGGAGCGCUUCCACAUGAACAUGACGGAGGAGCAGCUGCAGCUGCUGAUCGAGCAGAUGGUGGACGGCAGCAUGAGAUCCAUCACCACCAAGCUCUACGACGGCUUCCAGUACCUCACCAACGGCAUCAUGUGACGGCAUUCCCGGAAAAAAAACCCAUCGAACAUCCCAAAAAAAAAAAAAAAGAAAUACAACAAACCCCGCCCCUCCCCGCGGGCUCCGCCCCCACCCCCGGGAAGGAGAUCCCGCAGGAGGAGCUUCCAGGAGCAGCAGCGUCUUCCCUUCCCUCCUCUCUCUUCUCUUUCUCUCUCUCUCUUUUAUCCCGAGAGACUUUUCCAAGCAGGAACCGACCGAGGACACGCGGGAUAAAAAAAAAAACAAACAACAAACAAACAAAAAAAAACCAAGGUGGAGACAAAAAAACAAAAAAAGAAAAAAAAAAGGAAAAAAAAUCAACCAGGAGAAGCAGGAAAAAAAAAAACAAAA